AGUAAAAUAUCUUAUGCUCUUCUUUUCUAUUCCAGUAUGGCAUCAAAGAUGGAAAUCAAGAAAACCAACCUUAACUGGGCAGAUAGUGCUUGUCAAGGAAGAUAAAGAAUUAGCUCAACUCAGGGGGAUGGCUGAGACUGUGGGAUUAGCCAAUGCUUGUUAUGCUGUCAGCACUCUUCCUUCUCAAGCAGAGAUCGAGUCAUUGCCAGCUUUUCCUCGGGACAAAUUGAACCUACAUAAGUUGUUAGGAAGUGGAGCAUUUGGAGAGGUGUAUGAAGGGACUGCAUUAGAUAUCCUGGCAGAUGGAAGAGGGGAAUCCAAAGUAGCAGUCAAGACUUUGAAGAGGGGUGCAACAGACCAAGAGAAGAGUGAAUUCUUGAAGGAGGCACACUUAAUGAGUAAAUUUGAUCAUCCCCACAUUCUGAAGCUACUUGGAGUGUGCCUGUUAAAUGAACCUCAGUACCUUAUACUGGAACUGAUGGAAGGAGGAGAUCUGCUUAGCUAUUUACGAGGAGCCAGAAAGCAAAAGUUCCAGAGUCCCUUACUGACAUUGACUGACCUCUUGGAUAUAUGCUUGGAUAUUUGCAAAGGUUGUGUCUAUUUAGAGAAAAUGCGUUUCAUACACAGGGACCUGGCUGCUCGCAACUGCCUUGUGUCUGAGAAGCAAUACGGGAGCUGCUCCCGAGUGGUAAAGAUUGGUGAUUUUGGACUUGCCAGAGAUAUCUAUAAAAAUGAUUACUACAGGAAAAGAGGAGAAGGCCUGCUCCCUGUCAGAUGGAUGGCUCCUGAAAGCCUCAUUGAUGGCGUGUUUACAAAUCGCUCUGAUGUUUGGUGAGCUAUAGUAGGAACACAGCGGUGCGAAAAGAUAGUGAAUCCCACAGCAAGAAAAUACUGAUUUACAGCAGCAAUGAUAAGCUUGAAUAUUUCCAUCUCAAAUAAUUCACAAGCUAAGGUAGAUUUCUUCCUGUGUGGUGUUUUCAUGAAUUGGUAAAAAAACUUGGCUCAACAACUGUAUCUGCUUGUAAGUAUUUCUUUACUUAAUGCUCUGGGCUGUAGCCCUGGGAUCCUGGAUGGGAAAAACUAGUGUUGCUCAAUGAAACAGUUUUAUAUAAGGCCCAAUUUU